AUGUCGCGUUUUGGCCCGUCGCCGCGGUUGUUCCACUUCUACGGUGUCCUAUUGCGUUGGGUGGUCCACCUCGGGUACGAUAGGUUGAUAACCUUCGAGGUUCGCGCGACACGCUUUUACAAGACCGGCCAAAUGUGGCGACGGCGAGAAGAAGCAAAGGAACCAGAGCAGCUCUGUUACGUGAAUGUUUGUCUUGUCAAAGAAUUGAAGCAGGGCGCAAGACCACUCGAGUACUCUUCC